AUGGCCCCAACAGCAGCCCAGAGGAACAUACACUUGACCGUGUACAUCAUCACCCUACUCACCGGUGUCCCGUCUAACCUCGUGGCCCUCCACGCGUUGAUUCAAAAGCUCCGCACCAAGGCGACACCCAACACUGUCUUCCUCCUUAACCUGACUAUCUCUGAUUUAGCGUUUCUGGCUUUUCUUCCUUUCAAGGUCACCGAGCUCCUCCAAGGUCAAUGGAAAAUGCCCUCCUUCCUUUGUCCGCUUAGUGGACUCAUCUACUUCAGCACCAUCUACUCCAGCACGCUGUUCCUCACCGCCGUGAGCGUAGAGAGGUACCUCGGCGUAGCCUUUCCCCUAAAGUACAAACUCUACCGUAAGCCCAGUUGCGCUGUGGCCAUCAGCUGCUUCCUCUGGGUCUGCUCCUUUGCCCAUUGCAGCAUUGUCUACAUCACAGAGUAUCACCAGCCUUCAAACUCGACGGAAAGGUCCCUCUGCUACAACAACUUCACCACCAAACAGCUGGAGGUCCUCCUGCCUUUCCGUCUCGAACUGGGGAUCGUCCUGUUCUGUUUCCCAUUUCUAGUCACCUGCUUCUGCUACGGCAGCUUCGUCAGGAUUAUUGUCUCCUCGUCUCACAUCCAUCGAGAGAAAAAGCAAAGGGCCAUCGGUCUGGUAUUGACCACCCUCACCGUGUUUGCCAUCUGCUUCGCCCCGUACAACGUUUCUCAUUUGGUUGGGUUCGUGCAGAGAAAGAACUUGGACUGGAGAGACGAAGCCUUGCUUCUUAGCACGUUCAACGCCAGUUUGGACCCGAUCAUUUUCUACUUUUCUUCCACGGCUGUACAGCAUUCCUGCAAGUGUUGCUUGAUGAGGCUGAACAUUUGCCGGUCCCAACAAACUCUACGCAAGCUCGUGAAUAAACAGAAAAUGAAAUCGGCUCCCCAGCAGGUCUCGGACAACCAGAUCCAUGGUUCUAAUCUCUGA